AUGGCCCCGAAGAGACGCUUCGCUCCCGGCACCAACGACGGCGAGGCCAGCAGCAGCCGCCGUCCUCCGCCGACGCUGCGGGCCGGAGGAAACCGCAGCGGUCUCCACAUCGGAGAGGCCGGCUGCGGUGGCUCGGCAUUGGCGCAACUCGCGCCGCUGCUGCUGCUGCCGAAGCCGGAGUCCCCAGAAGAAGAAGACCCCGACCUCCGCGCCGCUCUUGCGCUGUCGGCGACGGAGGAGGAGGCGAAGUGGCCGCAUCUCGCGACAGCCAUUCGCACCUCCGCGAUGGAGGAGGAGAACUUCGUGAUGAACUACAAUAUGCAGAACAUGAACAAGGAGUUACCUGAACUCUUCUCCAUGCUAAAAUCUGCUGAGAUUGAGAUACAGAAAGAGCACCAAGUGUUGAUGGUCAACAAGACCACCAGUUUCAAGAAGCAAGGCAAACCUAAGAAGGGCAAUAUCAAGAAGGGCGGCAAGAAAGCUGCCGCUCCUCCUGAGAAGCCUAAGGGUGGCCCUAAACCUGAUACUGAGGGCUAUUACUGCAAUGGGAAGGGGCACUGGAAGCGUAAUUGCCCCAAGUACUUGGCUGAUCUGAAGAGCGGCCUUGUCAAGAAGAAGAAAGGUAUAUCUGAUAUACAUGUUAUAGAUGUUUAUCUUACUGGUUCUCGUACUAGUAACUUCGUGAUGAACUACAAUAUGCAGAACAUGAACAAGGAGUUACCUGAACUCUUCUCCAUGCUAAAAUCUGCUGAGAUUGAGAUACAGAAAGAGCACCAAGUGUUGAUGGUCAACAAGACCACCAGUUUCAAGAAGCAAGGCAAACCUAAGAAGGGCAAUAUCAAGAAGGGCGGCAAGAAAGCUGCCGCUCCUCCUGAGAAGCCUAAGGGUGGCCCUAAACCUGAUACUGAGUGCUAUUACUGCAAUGGGAAGGGGCACUGGAAGCGUAAUUGCCCCAAGUACUUGGCUGAUCUGAAGAGCGGCCUUGUCAAGAAGAAGAAAGGUAUAUCUGAUAUACAUGUUAUAGAUGUUUAUCUUACUGGUUCUCGUACUAGUGCCCGGCAGCAGGUCGAGGACGCCGAGGCCUGGGCCUUGCUCGAGCAGGCCCGUGUAGGAUAA